AAACAUUUCACAGAGAUUAGGGUUUAAGGGCUCAACGAAAACAAAACAAAACUAAACCCAGCAAAGUCUGAGUUCUCUCUUCGCUUAACUUUGCAAAUUUCUACUACGCCGCCAGUUCAUCCUCCUCCCUCCUCCGUGUACCGUAAUUCUCCAGAUUUUUAACCAUGUCGGAGGAAGAGGACUCGAUGUCGGAGAUCGAAGAUCAAGAACAGAAUGGAGGAGUACCUGAUUACAUUAUGAACUUGGAAGACGUUCCAUCGAAGCUCCCUUCACAUCUUGAACUUCACAAAACUCGCGUUAUUUGUAAUUUGGAUGCUCCUCAGCAUACAGAUACCAUACAAUAUUCUGGUGCUUAUGCAGCAUUAGGAGUUGAUAACAGUGUACGAUUGGAUAAUUUUUGUAAUAACUUCAAGGUUGAAGUGAAGCGGUUUACAGAUGAGGACAUUGAGUUUGAUAUGAUUGGUAUUGAUCCAUCAAUUGCCAAUGCUUUUCGAAGAAUUCUCAUAGCAGAGGUUCCAACAAUGGCUAUUGAAAGAGUAUAUAUUGCGAACAAUACUUCACUUAUACAAGAUGAAGUUCUUUCCCAUAGAUUGGGUCUUAUUCCAAUUUAUGCUGAUCCAAAGCUAUUUGAAUAUCCAGACAAUGCCGGAGGUGAAAACAAUGAAAAGAACACCAUAGUUUUCAAACUACAUGUCAGUUGUAAAAAGGGUCAUCCACGUAUUACUGUGAAAUCAGAUGCCCUGAAGUGGUUGCCUAACGGAAGUGAGCUUGUUGCUGAUAAUACCAAACCAAAUGCUGAUUCAAAGCCAAAAACAUUUACAUCUUUUAGUUGCAGUCAAGGCUCACGUCCUGAAUUCUCCAAAAAACCACCUGCUCCUAAUAAUUUGGAUAUUAUAUUAGCUAAACUUGGACCUGGUCAGGAAAUCGAACUUGAAGCUCAUGCUGUUAAAGGCAUUGGCAAGACACAUGCAAAAUGGUCUCCGGUUGCCACUGCUUGGUAUCGAAUGCUUCCCGAGGUUGUACUCACAAAAGAUGUUAAGGAUGACCUGGCCGAAGAACUAGUUAGUAAGUGUCCAGCUAAAGUAUUUGAUAUUGAAGAUAUUGGAAAAGGUAGAAGAAGGGCUACUGUAGUCAAUGCACGAGCAUGCACUUUAUGUAGGGAAUGUAUCAGAGGAGGGCAAGAAUGGGAGGAUCGAGUAGCACUGCGUCGAGUCAAAGAUCAUUUUAUUUUUACUAUUGAAUCAACGGGAGCAUUACCGCCUGAUGUGCUAUUUACCGAAGCGGUGAAAAUUCUGGAAGAUAAGUGUGAACGAGUUAUUACAGAGCUUUCUUGAUUAUUCUUUUUGCAAUGUUUUUAAAUGAAUGAAAAAUUAAGAUGUUGUACAUGAUCAAUUCAGUUAUUAUUUGAUUUUCUAUGAACAAGUAUAUAACUUGUGGUAUGAAAUCACGUAGUUUGGAUGUGCAUGUGACAUGUCUGCAGAGACAUGAUCAGUUUUGUUUGUACCGCCCAAAACUUACGAUCUUGGCAGUAGUUUCAUUCCAGAUUGCUAGUUUAUUGCAAGUGCUUUAAUUCCA